ACAACCGCGCUACUUAUAGAAACGGUUUCCAUAAAAAAAAAAAAAAUAUACAAUUCUUUAGAAUACCAUAUUUUUAAGUUUAACUGUUGUAAAUGCACCGCAAGUUUUUUUAAAUAAUAUCACAAAAGUGAUUCAAACCCGUUACUUGUAACAAAAUUCACCAAAGAUUCCUAACAUUUUAUGCUUUCCUUUGCUUUUCUUCUCAAGAAAUCAAAUGGAGUUGGGAGAAUCUCAAGAAAGGUUGCCUAAAAGCCUUACCUUUUGUAUAAAAACUCUCUCUUCUUUCACCAUCUAUUCCUAAACAUACAUUCAUUAAAAAGCUUAAGAGACCUAAUCAUAACAAAGAUGCUUCACAGGCUCAGCUUUCUUGUUUGUCUUCUUGUGAUUAUUAACACGGUCAGCGCCAGAGAGUUUGUUGUAGGAGGAUCAAAAGGUUGGACUGUUCCCUCAGAUGAUCAACUAUACAAUCAAUGGGCAGAGAAAAGCAGAUUCCAAAUCAGUGACUCUUUGCUGUUUGUCUACCAACAAAACCAAGACUCAGUGCUUCAAGUGACAAGAGAUGCUUACGAUAGCUGCAACACCAAGGAACCCACUGCUAAAUUCACAGACGGACACACUUCCUUCAAGCUUGACCGGUCAGGAACAUACUACUUCAUCAGUGGAAACAAAGACAAUUGUCACAAGAACCAGAAGCUUAUAAUCAUUGUCAUGGCUGAUAGAAGCAGUACAAAUACAACAACCACAUCUUCACCUCCUCCUUCACCUUCAGUAGAAUCAUCACCCUCUCCUACUUACACAGGAACUUUUGAAAUAACCCCGGCGCCUUCACAAGAUACUCCCGGAAACUCAGCUUCACCUUUUGCCUCCUCUGUUCUGCCUUCUGCUUUCAUUGUUACAAUGUUUCUUUCUCUUUUCAGAUAAGUUGGUAAAUUAGUGUGUAUAUGUGUGGUGCUGUUCUUUUCUCUUUUCAGAUAAUGUAAAUGAUACGCAAAAACUUAUAUAACCAUUAGACCAAUA